AUGCAGAGCUACCUGGCGCAAAAGGGGAUCGAGCAUCACAUCUCUCUCCCCUACGCACACCAGCAGCAGGGCGUACUUGAGCGGACGAACCGCACGCUCAUGACAAAGGUGCGGGCGCUGAUGAAGCAGUCGAAGCUACCGCCGAUCUACUGGACCUACGCGAUGCACAACCUGCUGUCAACCACCGCCAUCACCGGCAACUUAUCCCCGCAUGUAAAGUGGACCGGGACUAAAGGGGACACAUCCAUGCUCCGCGUGUGGGGAUGCAUGGUGCAAUACCGCCCGCCGACGUCAACCAUCGGCAAAUUCGCCAGCCGCGCGCGAUGGGGCAUUCACCUCGGCAUCAGUCACGAGCACAAGGCAUGGAUCGUGCUGGACCUGCUCAGUCAGAAGACCACCCAUGCCCGCGACGUGAUAUUCUACGAACGCCUCUUCCUUGAACAGUUCCGCCACGACGAGCAGACAAAUGCGAACCGCGUCUACGCGAACGACGGGCACAGCUACGCAACGCCCGAGGACGAAGCCGCCGCAGCAAUUCUGGAGCAAGACACCAGGGGUGAGUUCACAUGGGGAGAUUGCCACAGCAACGACGACGACGACUCCUCUGAAGGAGGAAUGGGCGGAAUGGACGGAAGCGGCGGAGGCACAACACCAUCAGCACCACCCGAACCAGAGAGCGAUGACGACGACGUGCAGGAAGUCAUCCCGCAACGUCGCCACGACAGCACUGUCUCAGGACUGCAGCUGCUCGGGCUCCACACCGCAACCUCGAAAGCGCCACGUGUCAUCGAGCCACGAAACCCGCGCCAAGCUCUCACUGGACCAUACAGAAAGGAAUGGCGCGAGGCGAUGGACGCGGAGAUUAAAGCACUCGAAUCCCGAGAUACCUGGGUGCUAGUCGACCGCGCAGCAAUCAAAGGCGCGAGAGUUUUCUCACCGGAAAAUGGGUCUUCCGCGUGA